AUGGAGGACAAAUUAACGCUGGACGAUAUAUCCAGCACCUUGAGGGAAAGGGUGUUCUUUGCCGCUAGAGAUGGAAUGUCUCUGACUCUUUACGCUUUAUUGUAUGAGAAAAAUACUGAUGAUAUAGACGAUCUUCUGAACAGCGAUGUAUGCUGUGAUGGAGUUAAAUGUACACCAUUGAUAGCAGCUUCAAGACAUGGACGUGAAGGAGCAGUCAGAAUCUUAUUGGAGAAGUUCCGUCCACCAGUUAGAUUGGAAACAGAAGGCACUGUUAAAUUUGAUGAAUAUGUUAUAGAAGACUACCAUCAUGGCGCAUUGGGGUAUGCAUCUCGCACAGCCUACUACGCCAGAGGUGCAACAGCAUUAUGGUGCGCCGCAGGUGCUGGUCACCUAGGUAUAGUCAAACGUUUAGUUCGGGCUGGUGCUAAUGUGAACCACGCAACAAAAACAUUAAGCACGCCCCUCCGUGCUGCCUGCUUCGACGGCAGAUUAGACAUAGUCAAAUAUUUAGUAAGACAUGGUGCAGACAUACACAAAGCGAAUAAAUAUAAUAAUACAUGUCUCAUGAUUGCCGCGUACAAGGGUCAUCUUGAUGUGGUCCAAUUCCUAUUAGACAGUGGUGCGAGAGUGGACGAGAGAGCGCUAUGUGGAGCUACAGCCCUACACUUCGCGUCAGAGUGCGGACACGCGGCCGUUGUGUGCGCACUCAUAGACCACAACGCGAAGAUACUUACUAAUGAGAAUGGUAUGACUCCCCUUCAAUGUGCGGCGGAACGUGCGCGCGCGUCCGUAGUGGAGAUACUAGCGGCGCGCCCCGAAGUGUCUCGCGCGCAAUCUAUAGAGGCGUACGAGCUUUUAGGUGCAUCAUUCGCUAAUGAUAAGGAGUAUUAUUGUUUAAGAAUGGCAUACACGUACUUGCACAGAGCGAUGGCGAUGCGCUACGACACGAGAUACGGCCUUCUAUUGAAGAAACCUGCAGACCCCAUUCCCGCUUACGAUAAUUGGAGAGAGAGUACUACUUUAGAGGAGGUGGAGCGGCUACACAGCAACGCGCACGCGCUGCACAUGGAGGGGCUGGCGGUGCGCGAGCGCAUCCUGGGCCGCGCCUGCCCCGACCUGCCGCACCCCGUCGUCUUUCGCGGCGCCGUCUUCGCCGACGAGGCGCGCUUCGACAGGUGUCUGGCGCUCUGGAGGCACGCCCUCGCACUGCGACAUCAAAAUCAGGUGUCAGUUGUAAAGGACCUACUCAGAUUUGCACAAGUUUUCUCACAGAUGAUACAUAUCGGAAUAGAAUUACCACUGUCACAGGUUUGUUACGUAUUGGAAGCAUGCGCAGAGGAAUUGAGGCGAGGCACAAAAAGGCUAGAAAAACCACAGGUCAACCACGACCUAGACGCUUUGACUGAAGAAUAUGAGAGUAAUGUACGAACAGCGUUAUAUUUAGUGGCGGUGGCGGCGAGACUUCUAGAAAAUUCUGGUAAUGAUGAAGAGACAACAAGUGCGGUGCGUCGCGCUAUAUUCCGCCUGCGUAAUGCGCGAUUGCGUUCGGGGCAGACGCUGCUGCACUUGGCCGUGGAUAGAAGAACGCCGGUCGACGACUUCCACACUAGCGAUGUUUGUCAAUUUCCGUGUAUGAGGACGUCGCGGUUGCUGCUAGAGUGUGGCGUGGAAGUGGACGCGUCGGACGACUCACGCCGCACUCCCCUACACGUCGCUUUGAUAUCCUACCAACUUAUACCAGAUGAACGUGAGUUAUUACGUGAAGCGGUGUGCGGGUGCGUGUGCGAGCUGUUGUCGCGCGGCGCGCACGUAGACGCGGUGGACGCGGCCGGCAUCACCCCCCUCGUCGCAGCUAUUGGAGGCCCAGCGGAGGCGCUGGUGCGGUCCGCGCUGAGCCCGCGGCUGUGCUGCCUGGCGGCGGCGGCGCUGGCGCGGCACGGCGCCGCCUACGCGCCCGACCAGGUGCCGCGCGACCUGCACGCCUUCCUCGCCAUGCACGGCGUGCACAGCGAAAACGGAUAUCGAGUCGACACUCAUUAUGAAGAAUCGCUGAAGUCUCAAAGAUGCGCAUCUUUAGCUGCGCAGCUCAAGUUACCGUAUACUAGUUUCUCCGCUGGCUUAUUUUUAUCAACUAUACAUAUUAUAAUGAGAAACGCCAUGUUGGGUCAACUUAUG